AUGGGAUUUGGACGAAGAUGGAUGACUUGGGUAAUGGAAUGUGUUAGUACGUGUUCUAUGUCAGUGUUGAUAAACGGCUCGCCUUCUAAGCCAUUCAAGAUGGAACGGGGGUUGCGACAAGGAGAUCCUCUGUCCCCAUUUUUAUUUGUUCUGGUUGUUGAUGUCCUGCAUAUGAUGAUUGAAGAGGCUAUUAGGAACGGUCGCAUAUUUUCGUUGUUGGUUGGAAGAGAUCUUAUAGAGUUGUCGCAUCUUCAGUUUGCAGAUGAUACUAUUUUGUUCUAUCCACCUGAGGAAGAGACAAUUAAAAACUACAGGAGACUGCUUCGUUGCUUUAAGUUGAUUGUGCUGGGUUGUAAGGUAGCCACUCUUCCAGUUAAAUAUCUGGGUAUCUCAUUAGGAGCAAAUCCGAGCCUCCCGGUUUAUUAUUUGAGCUUAUACAAGAUGCCGAAAGCUGUUCCAGAGAAGUUGAUAUCUUUGCAAAGACAAUUUCUAUGGAGUAAGGAGGACAAGAGGAAUGGUAUGGUUUUGGUCAAGUGGGAAGUGGUGCAGGAUCCUAAAAGGUUAGGUGGUUUGAAAGUUGGGAAUGCUUUGGUCCGCAACACAGCACUCCUGUUUAAGUGGUGGUGGGGCUUUUCAAAGGAGGAGUGUCCGCUGUGGAAGAAGGUGAUUUGUUCCUGCAAUAAUCUGAAUCCGAAUGUGCCUCUGUCCACCCAGGAAUUACCUGUUCGGGGGGUCCGUGGAGAGACAUUUGUCAACUGCAGUUUGCGAAUCAAGAAUUGA